AUGGCAUCCAGACCAUCUUCUCCUCCUUCACCUGUACGGUCUGAUGUUUCUAGUCUGGUAAGAGUAAUGGAAUCAUUUGUGGUGGCGAUGCAGCAGCAGAAUGCAUCCUUGACGCAACAAAACACAAUUGCGUUACAACAAUUGGAAGCUGCUAGGGUGUCAGCGGAGGCACAACAGAGGCAAUAUGUGGAAUUAAUGAAUGGUGGUGCAAGAAUUUCCACUGAUCAUUUUUAUAUUCCACCUACUCCAAUACAUGAAUGGAGCCUGGAGAAUUUUCUUCAACACCAUCCAGCUAAAUUCUGUGGCAAUACUAGUGCAGAUGAAGCAGACCAAUGGUUUAGAGACAUGGAGAGGAUUUUCAAUGCCAAAAACUGCCCAGAAGAGAAUAGAUUGGCUUAUACUGAAUAUUUAUUAUCAGCAGAGGCCAGUCACUGGUGGACCAGUACAAGGACAUUGUUGGAAAGAAGUGGUACCCCGAUCACCUGGAACUUAUUCAAGAAGAGGUUCUAUGCUGAAUAUUUCCCUGACAGUGUAAGGUUUACCAAAGAAGUGGAGUUUCUUCAGCUAGUGCAAGGAGGAAUGUCCGUGACGGAAUAUGCCGAUAAGUUUAAGCAUCUGAUCCGCUUCCACACUCUGGAUAUGGAUGAAGAAUGGCAAUGUAGGAAGUUUGAAAAUGGCCUUCGAGGAGAUAUCAAAUUGUUAGUAAAAGGUUUAUGUAUUAAGGAGUUUCCUACAUUAGUGGAGAGGGCCAAAGUGUUAGAAAAGACCAAGAAUGAAGUGCAAAAUCAGCAAAGACAGCCACAGAGGAUUGGUGGACCAUCUGGGUCCAAGUUCAAUCAUGGAGAUAACAAGUUCAAUCAUGGAGACAAGAGGAAGCCCUAUUCUAAACCUCCUUUUCAAGCAAACAAAAGACCUUCGUUUCAUCCAUCAGGUCAAGUAGGACAAUCUAGCGUGGUGAAAUGUUUUCGCUGUGGAGGACCACAUUAUAAGUCUGUUUGCCCUCAGUUAGUUGGUCCGAUGAAGUGUUAUACCUGCGGGAAGGAGGGACACUUUGCCAGGAAUUGUCCCACAUCUAAAGAAUCAAGGCUUCAACUACCAACUAAUUAG